GACGCGAUGGCGUGACUGCGCGUGCGCGCCCGCUCCUGGGCGGCUCCCUGGGUCUGACGGGCGCCGGCGCGGAGAGGCCGCGUCCUCCCUCUGUCGCGCGCCUGGGGAGGAGGCCCAGAGGCGGGCCUUGCGGAGUACUGGAGUCCGAGCAAAGGAACUUGCACGCGGCCGGCUCAGGUUCAGUCCUUGGCACCCUGAACCCCGCCAGGAGUGAUCCCUGAUCACAGAGCCAGGAAUUUAACACUUCAAGAUGAAAAAAACAGACCUUUGUUUGUGCUCUGAAGGGGCUGAAGUGAUUUUAGCUACAUCAAGUGAUGAAAAAUAUCCACCUGAAAAUAUUAUUGAUGGGAAUCCAGGAACAUUUUGGACCACCACAGGAAUGUUCCCCCAAGAAUUCAUUAUUUGUUUUCACAAACAUGUAAGGAUUGAAAAGCUUGUCAUCCAGACUUCCUUUGUACGGACCUUGAAGAUUGAGAAAAGCACAUCUAAAGAGCCGGUUGGAUUUGAGCCGUGGAUUCAGAGAGAUCUAGUACACACAGAGGGACAGUUUCAAAAUGAAGAAAUUUUGGUUCGUGAUGGCCAUGCUACCUACUUGAGGUUUAUUAUUAUCUCUGGCUUUGACCACUUUGCAGCGGUGCACAGCGUUUCUGCAGAAGGAACAGCCAUCUCAAGCAUCGGUUAGAACAAAAUGUCCUUGCAUGAUUUUUUUUAUACAGUAUAUUUAUUGAAGCACAAAGUUGUCGUUGAUUAAAGGCAUUUUUACUCAU